AGAAUAAUCACAAACAUAGCGAUUCUUUUUGGACAAGGUAAUUCUUGUACAGAUUUUUCUUACAGAGUAAAAUCUUGCAAAGCGGCUUGCUAGGGGUAGAGGCAGAGUGGAAGAAUCCCCAGAACCUCCAUGGCCACCACCACCCCCCUUUGCUUCUCCGCCUGUGUAUCUCCGCGUUGUCCCGGUCCUCACUCAAUCCAAAAGUCUCUAAUCUCUCUCUCUCGCCACCGCCUUCCGGGACUCAUGAAAAAUCGAAGUUGGGUUCGAACUCGGGCCCUGGGGGGCGACAUGUUGGGGGAAUUUGGGGCGCGAGACCCGUUCCCGGCGGAGAUAGAGAGUGGGUUCGGGGAGAAGGUGCUGGGCAACGUCGACACCGAGCACAAAAUCCUCAUUCCCGAUCUCUCCGCGCUCUCUCUCGCGCGACAGCACUGCUCUCCGGUGCCCCCCUCGCAGCCUCCCAUGUCGGAGGAAGAUGCUCAGAAGCUCUUAAACAAGGUUGUUGGGUGGAGAAUUUUGGAUGAAGAGGGGGCACUUAAAUUACAGUGUCUCUGGAAAUUGAGGGACUUCAGAUGUGGGCUUGAACUUGUGAAUAGAAUUUACAAGGUUGCAGAAGCUGCAGGCCAUUUCCCAAAUCUUCACUUGGAACAUCCCAAUCAAGUUAGAGCUGAACUUUGGACUGCUUCCAUAGGGGGUUUGAGCAUGAAUGAUUUUAUCGUUGCUGCGAAAAUCGAUAAGGUAGAAACAUCAGAUCUUGUCCCAAAGAAGAGAAUAUGGGCAUAGCUGCAACUUUUCUUGCAUUUUCUCAAGAAAAUCCAUUGACCCAUCUGCUCUUGAAACGGGUUACGCCGCUUUUCUCCCAUAAUCCCUUUUUUCUUUUAACUUCUUGCAUCACCCAAAGUGAACCUUUUUGUUCCUUGUGUAUAUGAAUUAGUUAAUUGUUUUGUUUUUCCCUCAGCAAUUAUUGCAGGUUUUUAUGGGAA